AUGGCCGAGCCAGCGCCGGAGCCGGGGCGCGUGUGGAGGGUGCUCGCCCUGUGCGGGGCCGCCGUGUUCCUGGCGGCGGCGGCGGCCGGCGGGGCGCUGGUGGCCUGGAAUCUGGCUGCCUCGACAGCCCGGCGGCCUCGCUGUCCGGAGCUGGGGGCCAACGCCACGGCGGCGCCCUGGGACCCGGCGCCCGAGGUCGAAGAGCUGCAGCGCCGGCUGGCAGAGGCUGCCCAACGCGAGGAAGCCCUGGCCGGGCAGCUGGACCUGGCCGAGGGUGUCCGUCGGGAGUUGGAGGAGGCACUCAGAGCCUGCGAGGGACGCCAGGGUGCCCUUCCAGAUGACUUCGUGGAGGAUGAACACCUACCAGCUUUCCUCUGA